AUGAGUAUACGAUUGUUGUGUGAGGUAAUAGCUAUGCUGUUAUUACAUUUAAUUUUUUAUAAGGUGUCGAUAUACUAUUUACUUCGGCAUUUAGACAUUUUAAAUCAUUCUAAUAAAUUUAAUAAGAAUAUAUUUUUUAUAACAUGUUUAAUUUGUAUGUCUAUAUUUUCAUUAUUUAUAUUUGAGUUGUCUAGUUUAAUAUCAAAUGUAAUUAUUACAUACAUAUGGCAUAUAGAUAUAUGUAUUUUAUUAUUUUUGUUAUAUGUAAUAAUACCAAUUGAAUUUAUUAAUACGAUUUUUGAUUCGAACAAUUAUAAAGAAAUAUUAUCUCCAGAAUUUCAUACACAUUCUCAUAUAAAGUUAUUAAAAAAAUAUUAUGCUAAGAUUAGUAGUAUAUAUAAGGAAUCUUAUGGUAUUAACAAGAAGAUAAAGAAGCAUUUUUUUUUUUUCAGGGGUAUAUUAUUUUUAACUUUUAUAUGGGUAAUCUUAGGAGGAUUACGAAAUAUGAUUUAUAAGAAAAAUUAUAAUUAUGUUAUAGCUGAUGAUAAUACAAUAAAUUUUAAAAAAUAUUUAUUAUAUAAAAGUAAUGAGGGGAAAAAUGCAAACAAGAUAUAUAAUAAAACCAUUUUUUUUUUUUUUCAAAAAAAACAUACAUGCUUCAAUUAUUAUUUUAAUAAUAAUAUGAAUGAAUUGUAUUUUACAAAUAAAAAAAAAACUCAUCCAUUUAAACAAUUUUUUAAACAAAUAUAUAGUUUCUUCUAUUUUUUAUGUUAUAUAAUAAUUCAUCAUAUUAUACUCUUACACAAUUUUAUCAUUCGAGAAUUAUUAAUUAAUAUAUGUGCAUUAGGUGUAACAACAAAUUCUAUUGUCGCUGGAAUAUCCUCUGUAUAUUUUAUUUAUGAUUAUAUUAUUACGUUUAUAUACUUUCUACACAUACCAAAGAUACAAAUACAAAUAUAUAAUAUUGAAGAACGCAUACUUAUUAACUUUACGAAUUAUAUGUUUAAAAAGGAGGAGCUGGAAAAGUUGCAGAGUAAUAUUGAUAUACAUACCAAGAGAUUGUCUUAUGAUAAUAGAAGGAAUAUAAAAAAUGUCGACCUUAAUAAGGAAUAUGACAAGAGGGUAGUAUUAAAAAGGUUGAACGAUAAGGUUGACAAUCCUGAAAGGGAUGACAAAAUAUAUGUUGAUGAAAAAAUACAUAUAGAUGAAAAAAUACAUAUAGAUGAAAAAAUACAUAUAGAUGAAAAAGUACAUAUAGAUGAAAAAAUACAUAUAGAUGAAAAAAUACAUAUAGAUGACAAAAUACAAAAUAAUGAUAUCAAUACUAAUCAUACAAAUCAAAAUUAUUGUGAUGAUUCCAAAAUCGAUGAAGAAGAUAGAAAUAAAGAGCAUACAUAUAACAAUAAUUUUAAAGAAGAAAAUUGUAAUAAUCAUCAAAAUAGUAUAUAUAAUAAAACGUUCCAUUUAAAUGACACAACAAUCGAUGAGAGACAAAAAUAUAAUAAUAAUGAUGAUGAUGAUGAUGAUGAUGAUGAUCGAAGAGCAUAUCCACAUAGAAUAAAAGAAACAGUAAAAAAUGUUUCAGUCCUUCUAAAUAUAACAAACAAAAUUAAGAACAUAUGUGCCUUAACAAAUGCAAGUUUAUUAAAAAGUUCAGAUAAUGAAAAAUAUGAAAAGGUCAAAUCUAAUAUUAAUUAUGAAAGGUCCGUACGUAUGAAUAGUAGUAAUAGACGUAGUAGUAAAGGACGUGUUUAUUUUCCUUAUAUUAAUAAUUAUAAAAAUAGUAGAAGAAAAAAAGGUAAUUAUAGUGAUCAUGAAUCAACUGUAAUUAAUUACUUUUAUAAAAAAAUAAGUAAAAAUACAAUACAUAGCUUAAAAAGAUCACAUAGUUGCCCGGUUCUUAUCAAAGAAAGUCCAGCAGAUAAUAAUGAAGAAAUGAGUAAUAACAUUCGAGAUAUUAGAAUGAGAAAAUAUAAUUCCUUGUAUAUUUCACCUUCUUAUGAUUUCCACUUUUUAGAGAUGGACAAAUAUUUUAAGAGGAAAAAUUACAAAAGGAAAAAAAAAAAAUACAAAAAGAAAAUCAAAAAUGUAAAAGCGCAUGAAAAUGUUAAAAAUGAUGAAAAUGUAAAAAAUGAUGAAAAUGUUAAAAAUGAUGAAAAUGUUAAAAAUGGUAAAAAUCGCAAAAUAGUUAAAAAUGAUGAAGACAAAUGUGUGGAUUCUCCGUAUGGACAAGAAAAUAUCAUGUUAAAAAAAUCAGAAGAUACAAAAAAUCUUAUAAAACCUUCAACUAAUGAACACUUAUUUUUUAAAGUAAAUAAAAAUAGUGAAGAUCAGGAUGAUACAUAUAAUAACGAAUAUAGUGAUAGUAAUUCAGAUAACCAUUCUAAUAUUAUUCAUAGUAAUAUGGAUGAUAGUGAAGGUGAAUAUCAUGAUCUUAAUAAUGAAGAUAGUAGCGAUGACAAUACUUCUUCUUAUGAAGAAGAUGAUGAAUUUUUAAAUCAUAUGCUUCAAAAAAGUCUAAGUUUUCCUGUAAAUAAAUAUAACAAAAAAAAUAAAAUAAAUAAAAACGAAAAUGACCGAUUAGAAGAAAAUGAUAAUAUGAUACAAGUUGAAAGGUUUGAGAAAAUUUAUAAUAAUAUAAAUAAUGAUGAUGACAUAAAUAAUGAUGAUGACAUAAAUAAUGAUGAUGACAUAAAUAAUGAUGAUGACAUAAAUAAUGAUGAUGACAUAAAUAAUGAUGAUGACAUAAAUAAUGAUGAUGACAUAAAUAAUAAUGAUGACAUAAAUAAUAAUGAUGACAUAAAUAAUGAUGAUGCCAAAAAUAAUGAUGAUUCCAAAAAUAAUGAUGAUGCCAAAAAUAAUGAUGAUGACAUAAAUAAUGAUGAUGGCAAAAAUGAUGAUGAUAAUAAUAUUACAUCUACCAAAAAUAAUAUACAUUUUAAUGAAAAGAAUAUAAAACAUUGUGAAAAAAGUAUUAGAUUUAACAAUCAAAAUAUCAUAUAUAAGGAAAGUAAUAUACAUAAUGAGAAUUUCAAUAAUGAUCUUAAUAAAAAUUUCUUAGGUAGUAAAAAAAAAAGCAUGGAUGAAAAGAGUUUAAAGAGGGAGCUUCAAGAACGUACAAACAACAUAAACAAUAAUAAUAAUAAUAAUAUUAAUAGUAGUAGUAAUAAUAAUAAUAAUAGUAAGAACUAUAAUAGUGCAUAUGAUAUUUCUAAUGGUGAGAAACGAAAAUGUGAAAAUAUGAAAAAUUAUAAUAAAUUAAAAAAAGAAAUCGAAGAUAUUGUAUAUACAAAUACAAGUAUGUAUUAUUCUCUCAAUGCUAUACUAAGUAGAAAAUUUGAAAUUCAAGAAAAUACAAAUUGUGUUUUAGGUCGUAUAAAUGUGAUAUUAAAUUCAAUUAUGUUUUUAACAGUUGUUUAUAAAAUAAUUAUGUCUACAUUAAAUAUAAUAUUUAUUCGAAUUUAUAUAAGAGAUCCAUUUUCAAAAAUUAUUGAAAAGAUAUGUUUAUUUUUUAAUAUUAAAUAUAAUAUAGCUAUUAUUUAUGCACCAUAUAUAUCAUUAAUAUAUAUUUCUUAUAUAGUUGCCAUCAAUAUGAAGAAAUUUCUACAACAAAUAAUCCAAAUUUCAUCAUUUUUCUCAUUUUAUUUUAAACUCUUUUCUAAUAUGUGGAUACUUUUAAUAUCUGAACUUAUGGGCUUAUAUUUUGUAACAAACUCAUUACUUCUUACAUCAUACCUCCCAGUUAAUUAUAAUCACGUUAUGAACUUUGUUUUAGGAAAUAAUUAUGACUAUAAUAUUUUUCAUCUCCAUUCAGAUUAUGUUUUUAUAAUUUCUUCAGCAUUCACCUUGAUCAUAUGUAUUCUCUACAUGAUAUAUUUUUAUUUCUUUUAA